CUCCGUCCUCCUCCCGCUGCCCACCGCCACUUUGAGCUCCUCGCUCCCUCCAUGCAUGAUGCAUCCAUCUCAACCUCCCCAAUCUCGGAAGCACUCAUGGGUUAUAACCUGAUCUCUUCCGAGUUUAAUCAUGGCUUCCCCUGUGCAGGAAGAAGCACCGCCACCACAUCCUAAUCCCUCGAAGAUUAACUGGUUUGGUUUGGGUCACCUGCCGAGGGUCCUACACACUCGUAUCCCCGUGCCAUCCUCCGAGUUCUAUAAAGGAGGGGCUGCUUCUGGCUCUCGAGCCACACCAGAGAAGACAGUCCUUCCUCCUUCCAUUUCUCUUUUUCCCUUUCCCUUGACAGGUUAGCGAUCAUCGCCGUUCAUGGAUCAACCAGCCUUCUCUGUGAAGCUCCUGGGCUCGUGGGCGGACUCCCACACCCACCGCGUCCAGCUCGCCCUCAAGCUCAAGGGCUUGGAGUUCGAGUACCAGGAGGAGGACUUCAUCAACCCCAGCCCCGCCCUCCUCCUCCACAACCCCGUCUACAAGAAGGUCCCCGCCCUCCUCCACGGUGGCCGCUCCAUCGUCGAGUCCGUCGUCAUCCUCCAGUACAUCGACGAGACCUGGACCGACAACCCCAUCAUGCCCGCCGACCCCUUCGAGCGCGCCGUCACCCGCUUCUGGUGCCACUUCACCGACGAUAAGCUUGCCCCAGCAGUGGGCUUGGUGUUUUCGUCGUCGGGCGAAGGCCAGAAGGCGGCCGUCGACCAAGUCCACGAGAACCUGAAGCUGCUGGAGCGCGAGCUAAAAGACGGAGCUUUCAAAGGGAGGAGGUUCUUCGGCGGCGACAAGAUCGGCUUGCUCGACAUCGUCCUCGGGUGCGGCUCCUACUGGCUGGCCGUGUUCGAGGAAGUCAUGGAGGUGAAGCUCAUCGACCCUGAAUCCUUCCCCGUCUUCCAUGCAUGGCUGCGAGACUUCGAGGAGCAACAGGAGGUGAAGGAGACGAUCCCGGCCAUCGACAGGCUGCUCGAGUACGCCAGAGGCAUUCGGCAAAUGAUGCUGAGCCUCAGCAACAGCAGCAGCAGUAGCAUCAACAAUGCCGCUGCUAGCAGUGGCUGAAGACUUUGGCCUUUCUCUAGGGUUAAGGUGUAUGCAGUGAGGUGGUUCAGUAGGUCUCAGAGUGCUUCCACUGCUCGUUGCACUGUAAUCAUCGUUUCUCGUGUUGAGUCAUGUGAUCAGAUGUUCUAAAUCUUCAUGGUAGUAAUGAAGAGGUCAAGUUUUCUGAUGUCA